CUCCCCGAGUCCCAGCAGCAAGACGGCAACCACGCACCCAACUUCUCCAGCCACAGCACAUGCCGCCGUCGCCAGCGGCGCCGACAUGACAAGGCGCUGCAUGCCCGCUAGGCCAGGUUUCCCCUCAUCCCCAGCCCCGGGGUCGUCGCCCCCGCGCUGCCAUCUGAGACCCGGUAGUACCGCCCCUGCUGCAGCGGGAAAGAGAACAGAGAGUCCUGGGGACAGGAAGCAGUCAAUUAUAGAUUUCUUCAAACCAGCUUCAAAACAAGAUAGACAUAUGUUGGAUUCUCCACAAAAAUCGAACAUCAAAUAUGGAGAAAGUGGAUUGUCCAUCAGUGGAACAGAGCAAUUUGAAAGGAAACUAUCCUCACCAAAAAGAUCUAAACCCAAAAGGGUGCCAUCAGAAAAGAGCCCCGUCUUAGAGGCAUUCAUGAAAGGUGUUAAAGAGCACCAUAGAGAUCAUGGUGUACAUGAGUCACGUCAGCCUUGUGUGUCACUGGCCACCAGAUGUCCAAAGGCAGUUACAAAAUAUGUUCCUCCUUCAUAUCUCUUGUCAAAAGAGACGAAGAAAAAACAUCAGUCUCCAGAGGGAAGGAAGUCACAUUUCAUUCAUGAAAAUAGCAGGGAGAAGAAUGAUGGAGAUCGAGGCAAAAUCAGUGCAGAUUCUAAAAAGCAGGCUGCGGUGACAGAAGCCAACAUCUUCAAGAACAGCUCCAGAAGUCUUAGCAGCAGGAGCAGCCUAUCCAGGCACCACCCAGGAGAAAGCCCACUGGGAGCUAAGUUCCAGUUGUCUCUAGCUUCUUACUGCAAAGAAAGAGAACUAAAGAGGUUGAGAAGGGAGCAAAUGGAGCAGAGAAUCAACUCAGAAAAUUCUUUCUCAGCAGCAAGCACUCUUUCCUUAAAAUCCUCUAGUAUAGGAAGAAGAUGCAAACCAAGGCAGGAACAGAGUAAACAGAAUGAUGUCACAGCCGGAAAUAGUAAUCUUUCAAACCUGGAAAAUGGACCUCUCUCAAGAAAAAGAUCCUCUUCUGAUUCAUGGGAACCUGCCUCAGCAGGCUCUAAGCAGAAUAAAUUCCCUGACAAAAGAAAAAGGAACUCUGUGGACUCAGAUCUGAAAAGCACAAGAGAAUCUAUAAUGCCAAAAGCAAAAGAGUCCUUCCUUGAGAAGCGUCCUGAUGGACCACAUCAGAGAGAAAAAUUUAUAAAACAUAUUGCACUGAAGACACCUGGUGGUGUAUUGCGCUUGGAAGAUAUAUCCAAGGAACCGAAUGAAGAAGCUGAUUGCUCCUCUGCAGGCUUGGCACCUUCAAAUUCUGGGCACCAUUCUUCCAGGAAUAGUGACCAAAUUCGUGUGGCAAGUACCAAAGAGACUAAGAUACAGAAACCCCACUUAUCUUUACCUCAGGAAAAGUCUGCAGUUAAAAAAGCUAGCAACCUUCAGAAAAAUAAAACUGCUAGCUCUGUGGCAUCACAGGAGACAAAACUUCUACCUUUACUUUCCCAUGUUCCAAGUGCUGGUUCCUCUCGGGUUCCAUUAAAUGCUAAAAAUUGCACUCUUCCAGUUCCUAAAAAAGAUAAAGAGCGUUCCUCAUCUAAAGAAUGUUCUGGGCAUUCUACAGAGUCCUCCAAACACAAGGAACACAAAGCAAAGACUAAUAAGGCUGAUUCUAACGUAUCUACAGGGAAAAUUUGUGGGGGAUCUUUGCAUUCAGAAUAUGGCACUGCUACAAAGUCUCCCCCGGCUGCUUUGGAAGUUGUGCCAUGUAUUCCGAGCCCAACAGCACCUUCAGAUAAAGCCCCUUCAGAUAAAGAGAGUUCAGGAAAUUCCAAUGCAGGUAGCAAUGCACUGAAAAGAAAACUAAGGGGUGAUUUUGAUAGUGAUGAAGAAAGUUUAGGUUAUAACCUAGACAGUGAUGAGGAAGAGGAAACAUUAAAAUCACUGGAAGAAAUAAUGGCUUUGAACUUCAAUCAGACUCCUGCAACUACAGGAAAGCCUCCUGCUCUUUCUAAGGGGCUUAGAUCUCAGUCAUCAGACUAUACGGAACAUGUUCAUAGUGGAACUUAUACAAAUACUUUAGAGCGUCUAGUGAAGGAGAUGGAAGACACACAAAGGCUAGAUGAACUGCAGAAGCAACUACAGGAAGACAUAAGGCAGGGCCGAGGCAUUAAAUCCCCAAUCAGAAUUGGCGAUCAAGACAGUACAGAUGAUGAAGAUGGCCUCUUAGAAGAGCACAGAGAAUUUCUAAAGAAAUUUUCAGUUACAAUUGAUGCUAUUCCUGAUCAUCAUCCAGGCGAAGAAAUAUUUAAUUUCCUUAAUUCUGGAAAAAUUUUCAAUCAGUAUACCUUGGAUUUAAGAGACUCUGGUUUUAUCGGACAAAGUGCUGUAGAAAAGCUUAUUCUUAAAUCAGGAAAAACAGAUCAGAUUUUUUUGACAACACAAGGCUUCCUUACCUCUGCUUAUCACUAUGUCCAGUGUCCUGUACCUGUGUUAAAGUGGCUGUUUCGGAUGAUGUCAGUUCAUACAGACUGUAUUGUGUCUGUGCAGAUUUUAAGUACAUUAAUGGAAAUAACAAUAAGAAAUGAUACCUUCAGUGAAUCACCAGUUUGGCCUUGGAUCCCAUCAUUGUCUGAUAUAGCUGCUGUGUUUUUCAAUAUGGGAAUUGAUUUUAAAUCUUUGUUUCCUCUGGAGAAUCUUCAGCCAGACUUUAAUGAAGAUGAUCUAGUUUCUGAAACACAGAUGACACUGGGGGUGAAAGGAAGUGAAGAUUCAUCUUGUAAGCCAAUAUUUUCAUCUGUCCCUGAAACCAACAUUUUAAAUGUUGUCAAGUUUCUAGGCUUGUGUACAUCUAUACAUCCGGAAGGUUACCAGGAUUGUGAAAUAAUGUUACUGAUUUUAAUGUUGUUUAAAAUGAGUCUGGAGAAACAACUGAAACAGAUUCCUCUAGUGGACUUUCAAAGCCUCCUGAUAAACCUGAUGAAAAACAUCAGAGAUUGGAAUACAAAGGUGCCUGAACUCUGUCUGGCCAUAAAUGAGCUCUCCAGUCAUCCCCACAACCUUCUGUGGUUGGUACAGCUGGUCCCUAACUGGACAUCACGUGGAAGGCAACUGAGACAGUGCCUCAGCCUAGUGAUUAUUUCAAAGCUUUUGGAUGAGAAACAUGAAGAUAUCCCUAAUGUGAAUAAUCUGCAGAUAUCAGUCUUGCAUCGCUAUCUUGUGCAAAUGAAGCCUUCAGAUUUGUUGAAGAAAAUGGUCUUGAAGAAAAGGGCUGAACAACCAAAUGGCACUAUUGAUGAUAGUCUUCAUCUGGAACUUGAAAAGCAGGCAUAUUACCUGACCUACAUUCUUCUUCAUUUAGUCGGUGAAGUUAGUUGUUCUCACUCUUUUUCUUCUGGACAACGGAAACACUUUGUGCACCUCUGUGGGGCUUUAGAAAAGCAUGUUAAGUGUGAUAUUAGGGAAGAUGCAAGACUGUUUUAUAGAACUAAGGUAAAAGACUUGGUUGCCAGGAUACAUGGAAAAUGGCAGGAAAUAAUCCAGAACUGUCGGCCUACUCAGGGGCAGCUUCAUGACUUCUGGGUACCAGAUUCUUAACAGGAGUUGCAGCAGCAAAAUUAUGAACCAAGAGAAGUUCAUUAAGAGCCUUUCCUAAAGGAGUAGAAAGUAGUACAGAACCCAGUGGAAGGCCAAGAAAAUGUUCAGCAAAUGUGCUACUUGAAUAUCUAGUAUGAAGCUGGUAAUGAAGAAAUUGGCAUUUCUGAAGCAGAUACAAAAUGCCAUCUGCUUAAAAAGGCAACCAGCCUUUUUUUUUUUUUUU